AGUUCAUUCUUAUCAGUGCGGGUCGCGUUUUUGUGUUGUUUUUCGUCGAACUGUUCGUAAAAUCUUUAAAUUCGUGGUUGUAAAGUGAUGUAAAAUCGUGCUUUUCCACAAUGAGUCAAACCGUCGUAGAGCUGCACUGGUUCCCAAAGUACCCGGACCGGUUCCUGACCGCUGCCAGUUCCGAGAUAAACCUUUAUCAGGUUAAAAACCAGGACAUCAUCGAUCAUGGGGUCAACACAAACAUCAAUCUGGAAAUAUCCAAAAACACGACAGCCACAUUGAUUGCAUUUGAGACCCGGUACCAGUUCAUCCGGUCGGUUGCUCCUUCGUACCAUUCCAAUGGAGAAAUACUGUUUGCAGCUGGGCUGCCGAAUGGGAAGGUUGCUCUGUGUAAUUUUGCGACCGAAAAUAAUGUUGAGUUUACUCCAAGAGUUUCCCGGCACUGCACCUGCAUCGCUUGGAGCGAGCUGGAACCAAACCUGAUAGCCAUGGGUCACGAUAGGAACCGGUCGGAUCAUUGCAUCACCAUUUGGGACACGGAACGGGGUGUUCCGAAUCAAAGUUCGAUACUUCAAUUGAUCGGUCUCUCUGAGACGGCUCAUUCGAUUUGUUGGGAUAGAACUUUCCCACAGGUGAUGAUUGCCGGCAUGAGCCACAAGUACAUUAAGAUGAUGGAUUUCAGGCAAAAUCCUGCCAUCGUAACAGUGGCAAACGCACGCACAGUCAAUGGUUUGUGCAUCGCCCCAAACGGUCGUUAUCUAGCGAGUUACGUGGACAACGUAAUCAAUUUGUGGGAUUUACGCUCCCUGGAUAAGGCCAUCUCGCAAAUUCAGAUGCAAAGUAACAUCACCCACUUGUCGUGGUGUCCGACAAGAAGCUCAGUGCUGACAACGCUGCAGCGAGAUUCUCCCCUGAUUAACCUUAUCGAUUUGCACUGGCCGGGUACGGAAAUGGAUGGCGGUGAGCCACAUUCCAUAAAGCGAUAUGUGUCCCCAUUCCAGCAGGCUCAAACCGGAGGCCGGGUGCCAACUAUGAGUUACUUGUCCUGGCAUCCGUACGAUUUGGAACGGAUGUUGGCGCUGUCGGGAACUGGUACCAUUUGUGACUUUCAGAUUCCGCAGCGUGUGGCCAUUUCCUGGGACAACAACAAUAAUCUGUUCGGUAACAAUGGGAACGAAUUGAGACAGUUCACCUCGCCUUCACCACCUUCUUCACCGACUACAGAUUCCCUUACCCAGUGGGAUUGUGAAAUUGGUAGCAUCGAGGAAGAUGUCGCCGAAAUCAUACAGAAGCGAGCAAUGUCUAACUAUGGCCUGGCUGCAGACAUACAUCGAAAUGGUGAUUUAAUCGGUGUCAGUGCAAAUUUGCGAGGAGUUUGGCGUUUGCUAAGUCAUAUGAUCAAGGAGGAUUGUAAGCUGGGAUUGAACACUAUAUUGGGCGUUUGUGCUACCCCGGAAGGUCCCGCGAUGUCCAGAUCGAAUAAGAUCACGUUGAAGUGGCUAGAUUUUAGCAUCGACAGUGGACUAGAUGUCUAUCUUAGCGAGCAUCGUGACACUGCUCAGCUGCUGUGUGGAUGGACUUUUGACAGAAACAAAGAAUUAUCUUUCCAUGCCUUCAUUGACGAGCUGUGUGCGAAUAAGGAAUUCACCAGAGCAGCUCUCAUUGCUUGCUUCCAUUUUCGCAUUAAGCAGGCAAUCGAAAUACUGGGUCGAGGUGCGGAACAAACGUCCGACCCAAGAUCACUGUUGCGUGUGGCAGCCAUCGCUCUGUCCGGGUUCAGCGCCGAGAAAACUGGGCUCUGGCGCAAACAAUGUGGAGCUGCCCGCACCCAGAUCGAUGACCCGUACCUAAGGUGCAUGUUCUCGUUCCUAGCGCACGAAAAGGAUGGGUUCGAAACCGUUACCAAUGAAACGCAAAUAUCCCUUUGCGAUCGGAUGGCCUUUGCUUGCAACUUCCUCUCCGACUUGAAGCUCGCCGAAUACAUUAAGGGGAUGGUGGCCAACUGCAUCGAAAUGGGCGACCUCAACGGUCUACUCCUAACCGGAGCCACUAACGACGGUAUCAAGCUGCUCCAAAGUCACCUGGACAGAACCGAAGACGUCCAAACCGUAGCAUUAAUUGCAGCCAGAUUCCUCACCUCAGAUUUGCUCACUGAUUAUCGUGUUCAAUAUUGGAUAUCGACAUACCGAGACCUCCUCGACAUUUGGGGUUUGUGGGAGCAGCGGGCCCAGUUAGAUAUUAACCUGGGUCGCAUCCGUUCGCCACCACAAAACUCACGUUCGGUGUUCCUGUUGUGCAAUUUUUGCGGAAAGAACGUUUCGAUGGCGCUGCAGGAAGAUGCGCGGCACCGAAACAGUCAAACGGUUAUGCACAAGCUAUCGUCGUGUCCCAACUGUCGAAAGCCGUUGCCCCGGUGUGCACUUUGUCUGCUGCAUAUGGGUACCACCAUGGGUGCCAUUUCGCCGGCUCACGCAGCUCAAGGGCAGGUCGGUUGGCAGACGAAACCAUUCUCCAAGUGGUUUUCCUGGUGCCAGACCUGCAGGCAUGGAGGUCACACGGAGCAUCUGGCCGAGUGGUUCAGGUUCCUAGGAAUGGCUAACUAUUAUCGCCGUUUCAUCGAAGAUUUCAGCGGGACUACAGCCUCGUUGACGGACUUAUUGAAAACAAAAGGGAAAACCAUAACCUGGUCUGACCAGGCGGAAGAGGCCUUCUGUUCAAUAAAAGAAAAGCUUAUUACAUCACCCAUACUCGUUAGCCCUGACUUUGAUAAGGAAUUUACCAUUCAAACCGAUGCCAGUGACGUAGCCGUCGCUGGCGUACUGACGCAAAGCCUAAAUGGCCAGGAGAGGGUCAUAGCUUAUUUUUCGCACAAGCUAAGUACUCCUCAAAGGAAUUACCAUGCUUGUGAAAAAGAAACUCUGGCUGCUCUCUUGUCCAUCGAAGCUUUUCGUGGGUACAUAGAAGGAUCACACUUCACCUUGGUCACGGAUUCGUCUGCUCUGACCCAUAUCCUUCGAACCAAAUGGAAGACCUCAUCACGUUGCAGUUGUUGGAGCUUGGCUCUGCAGCAAUACGACAUAACCAUCAAGCACCGGAAAGGCAAAGACAACGUGGUUGCCGAUGCGUUAUCAAGGUGUGUUGCUGCAGUGUCAGCCGAAACGGUCUCAACGUGGUAUGACGACCUGAGGAAGAAGGUUAAGAGAAUCAGCCGGACGAAUACGUAG